UCAUAUAAGAGGAUGCAAAGUGACAACAAAAACAAAACGCAGUGUUUGCAGCCUCCAAAAUCCUUCAAAACUCAGACCAACAGCCACAAUGAGAUUUCUUGGUGUUUUCCUUGCUGCAGCAGCAUUUCAAAGCGCGCUCUCAGCAUCUAUUCAGUCCGCAUCAAAUGAGGAGAAAACAACUCCAUCUGAUGGGCUCACAGAGCUACAAAAAAUAGACCAGAUGGAAUUUGAGGCUGCUCAAAAGGCAGAAGAAGCACAGAUGAAUGUUACAGAGGGACGGGAUGAAGAUGUCGAAAAAGCCAGUGCUGGUCAAGAAGAUUCUGUGGAGAAGCAUGUUGAAGCUGAGAAUGACAGCACAGGGCAUCCUAACUGUGACGCUGUUUCUCCAGCAGAGGGCGCAGGGAACAAUGCCGACUCUUCAACAGAGGAGUCAAAUUCUUGUGAAGACGCUGUGGAGCGUCCUGAGGUUGUGACAGAGACGACCAAGUUAGAGGAAACCAGCCAGACUGUACCAGCAGAAGAAGGAUUUUUCUACGACUUGGCAGGUUGCUGGCGCUGGUGUUAGAAACACACAGCUUCAAUUCUACCACUCUAUUGUAAAUCAAUUACCUUUAACAAGGUCAAACCUGCUGUGCUUAAGGGACUAAAACAAUAACACUGCAGUAAUGACUAGGAAGUUCCCAUCCAACAGUGAGUCACGUCACGUUUCCACCUGCAACACACCUGAUUCCUCAGCCGUCUAUGAGCGAUUUCAGUCACAUUUGUUGCGAGCAUAACAUGCUUUAGCACAAGGGCGUAAAGAACCGGAUGGAAGGUGCCGAUGGCCCAUUUCUGUGUAAUGGAGGCCCGUUUUCAUUCUGUCG